AUGAUUCCUCACGCUGAGGACAAGGUUCCUCACGCUGAAGAGAAGGUUCGUCACGCUGAGGAAAGGUUCCUCACGCUGAGGACAAGGUUCCUUACGCAGAGGACAAGGCUCCUCACGCUGAGGACAAGGUUCCUCAUGCUGAGGACAAGGUUCCUCACGCUGAGGACAAGGUUCCUCAUGCUGAGGACAAGGUUCCUCACGCUGAGGACAAGGUUCCUCACGCUGAGGACAAGGUUCCUCACGCUGAGGACAAGGUUGCUCACGCUGAGGACAGGUUGCUCACGCUGAGAAAAGGUUCCUCACGCUGA